UCUUAUUGAAGAACAUUGGGGGAAACUCCAAAAAUGGCGGCACUGAAAAAGAAAGCUAGGCUCAAGAACACGACUUUUGAUGUUAAAUCAUGGAUUAUUUGGUGCAAAUCACUCCUUGUUGAUCCAGAAAAGACAUGGAUAAUAGCGCUUCUGCUUCUGCUUGCUGAAGUUGUUGUCAAUAUUGCGGUGAUUUGGAAGAUCAAAUACACGGAAAUAGACUGGGAGGCCUAUAUGUCAGAGGUGGAAGGAUUCCUAAAUGGAACAUAUGACUACACCAAACUACAAGGUGCUACUGGACCUCUUGUGUAUCCAGCUGGGUUUGUGUACAUCUUCAGUGGAUUGUAUCACCUCACCAGCAAAGGCACAAACAUACGGAUGGCCCAGUAUCUCUUUGCUGCUCUCUACCUCCUUACAUUGAUUAGUGUCUUCUCCAUCUACAACAAAACAAAAAAGGUUCCCCCAUAUGUGUUCUUCUUCAUGUGCUGUGCUUCAUACAGAAUCCACUCCAUAUUCAUCCUCCGGCUUUUCAAUGAUCCUGUUGCAAUGAUCUUCCUUUACUGUUCAGUUAAUGCUUUCUUGGCAAAUAAUUGGAAUUUGGGUUGUCUGCUCUUUAGCUUUGGAGUAAGUGUAAAGAUGAACGUUUUGCUGUUUGCCCCCGGAUUGCUAUUCUUACUUCUGAAGAAGUUUGGUGCUUGGAGAACUAUUCCUAAGCUUGCAAUAUGUGGGGUACCACAAGUGUUGCUUGGAUUGCCAUUCCUCAUGGACAACCCUGUUGGGUAUAUUUCCCGGUCUUUUAACCUUGGUCGUCAGUUCUUCUUCAUCUGGACCGUCAACUGGAGGUUUCUCCCUGAGUGGCUCUUCCUGAACAGAUAUUUCCACGCUGCUCUACUCUUGCUCCACCUUCUCACAUUAUUCUGUUUCUAUUUAUACAAAUGGAGAGGGUCAUCUGAUAGAUUUCUUGUGUUUUUCAAGACGCCAUACAAAUGCCAAAAGAUAUCAUCAACAAAGCUGGUAACCAUUCUUUUCACAUCAAAUUUCCUUGGCAUGGUGUUCUCACGGUCAUUACAUUACCAGUUCUAUGUUUGGUAUUUUCACACAAUUCCCUACUUACUGUGGACAACAAGACUUUGGACGUCUGCCAGGAUCUUGAUACUAGGAGUGAUUGAACUGUGCUGGAACACUUAUCCAUCCACAAUAGCUAGCUCGCUUGCUUUACAUGGAUGUCACCUGGUACUUCUGGGCUCCCUGUGGUGCACUGGAGAUGAAAGUCAAGAUGAAAUAGGGAAAAACAAAUGAAUUUGUAGAGAAAAAUAUAACUGGUCUUGUAGAAUAAAUGGAAUCAAUCAGCA